AUGCUUCAUCUCAAAUAUGGUAGACUUGCUGAGGUAGAUGAAGACGCAAGAGGAGGAAGAUGUGUUAUUGACGCUGAGGACAUGUGGGCGACUUGGAGCGGUUUUACAUGAUACAUUAUACAUAUCUUGGGCGAUGGAAUGCCGGAAUGGCGUUCUGGGCUGACCCAGAGAGUAAUUUACAUGAGUUCAUUGUCUGAGCUUCAACUAGCCAUAUGCUACACAUGGUUUCUAUAUCCAGUUAUAUGUUGGCAUCACUCGCUCUAGGGGCGGCCGCUGCCGAACACACUCAUCGCUUCCUCCAGGAUGAGAUCACUCCUGGUUCUGAGAAGAACCGGAGGACCUGA